AAAUCAGAAUAAUACUUCACUUAUUGACAUUAAUCAGUUACUUGUGACAGGGGACGCCCCCUAGCUCUGCCAAAUGGUAUAUUCCACGCGUUAACUUCCUAAACAAAAAUGGCACAUGAGAGUUUGCAAUGAGAGGUUGUUUUGUAUCGAAAGUGAAAGCUAACGACAGCGUGUGGCCGACACUUCAACUUGAAACAACUCUGUGCGGUCUGCUCUGUGUUACCCAAACAUGGCACUGCUAAUAUCAGCUCGAGUUUCACACAUCAGAGCCCUGCCGCGCAGCGCUCCGUCCCGUGUCCGGGCUGACUUCCAGAGAGCAGGUGUCAAGUUCAGACACUUGUUACCUCCGGGUAGCCCCCAGCUCAGCGGGAAGCCAGUAACAAGUCCCGUACAAAGUCAUAUUAACGCCGCAGUCCGAAGGGACUCGUUCUCCACCACUGCAGCGGCGCUUCGCAAAUCCAGCCAGCCUAACGGUUCCUCUUUACCCGGGGAUAGGAGAGGCUGGCUGGGCAAGUUUGCCCUCGGUGCCGCCCUCGGAGUGGGCACAGCCGCUCUGGUGCAGGGCCUCCAUACUGGAGUUAUAACCGCCAUGGCUCAAAAAGUUGAUCUGGACUCGGCUGAGGGUGACUGGAAGAAAACCAAGGAUUACUUGCUGUCUCUAUCAACAAAGGACAGGCGUGGCUACUACAGAACCUCUGGCUCGGUGUCGCUGGAUGAAAUCCCAGUGUGGACUCCUGCAGCAGGUUCUACUGAGCCAAGUCGCUACCAGAGGAAUGAAAAGCUAGACCAGAAGAUUUCGAUGUACAGUGGUGACAUCACCAAACUGGAGAUAGAUGCCAUUGUCAAUGCAGCCAAUAAGAGUCUGCUCGGAGGAGGUGGAGUGGACGGAGCCAUCCACCGGGCUGCAGGUCCCCUGCUCAAAAUGGAGUGUGCUUCCCUCCACGGCUGCGAGACAGGAGAGGCCAAGAUCACCUGUGGCUACGGCCUCCCCGCCAAGUAUGUGAUCCACACCGUGGGGCCAAUUGCUCAGGGAGGGGUUGGUGAGGAGGAGAGGAGAGCUCUGAGGUCAUGCUACAGGAACAGCCUGCUGACUGCUACUGAAAACGCUGCUCAAUCUGUGGCUUUUCCGUGCAUCUCCACUGGAAUCUACGGAUAUCCACCUGAACAUGCUGUGCACGAGGCGCUAGCAGCCGUGAGGGAGUUUCUGGAUGCGCAUCAUGACAAGAUGGACAGAGUCAUCUUCUGCGUGUUCUUGCCGAAGGAUAAGGAGCUGUAUCUGCAGAACCUCCCGCUCUACUUCCCUCCUGCCUGACCCAUCCCAGCAGAUUGUAGCGCAGAGGCCACUGUCAGGAGUAAGCUCUGAACGAGUGGAUUUCUCAGACAUGGUUGCUGUGGAUACACACCACCACAUCCAGAUUCGUCAUCCAGAUCAAGACCUUCUCCUGCAAGAAAAUAGCUUUUUUUUCUCACAUGUUGAUUAGAUUUUUCUGCUUUAGAGAGGUGUUGUGAUUAAGGUGGGAAAUGAUGUUAACUGUUUUUAUUAAAAGUCUACCUAAAGCUGCAUUAAACCUAUGAUCUGUUGCGCACCUCCUCCCCUCCCCAUGAAUCACAUGUCGUGUGUGCUUCUGCGUUUGGAUUCCAAUUAAAUGUGUGUGUAUGUGAGAAACAUGACAAAACUUAUUAAAGCAAACCUCACAGGCC